CCAAGCGGCACCUACCUCUGUUGCGCUAGCCGUCUAAAGAUAGAAGGAUUCUUCCAUAUUCACAAUGCUGACGUGUCCGGCCGCAAACAGCGGAAAGGCGCUCGUCAACGUCACCGUAUUUCGGCCACGUUGGUCUGUGGCAGACCAUACCUUCAGGCUUCCUUUCUACCACAGAAACUGCAUGAGUGAGUUCAUGGGUUUGAUCUCCACUGAAUUCAAACCCGGUGAGAAACGCUUCCAGCCCGGAGGUGCCACCUUUCACGGCAUAAUGGCUCCUCCUGGUAUGGACGCCGAGACGUACGAGUACAACAGGACAGUCGAGCUGGUCCCAACGCGCAUCGAAGAAGGAUCUCUGGCGCUCAUGAUCGAGGGUUUGCUGAACAUGACGGUGACGAAGUGGGCCGAACACGACUGCGGAAAGCUUGACCCGGACUACUACAAGGAAUGGCAGGACAUAGCCACAAAUUUCAACCCCAACUGGGAGCCUCCCAAGGAACACUAGAUGGAGG